GAUACCAGGCAGGACAGAGACCAUGAGGAUCAAAAGUUUUGGACUCCUUUGUGUGUUGAUGCUGGUCUCCCAGAUGCUCCUGGCCAACUGUGAAAGGCAGAAGGAAAGAAAAAAGGGAAAACAAGUCAUAGAACAUGGUGGAAAAAAACAAAAGGAAUCUAAACAAGGAAAUGAAAAGGGGCAGAAGGCAAAAGGAGGAAAAUCAUCUCCUAAAGGCAAGUUUGAAACCAAGGAAAAUGCUGAGUGCACGUGGUCAGUGCUGGACACAAACGCUGUCAUCCUGCAGGUGCGGUGCAGGCAGGGGCACAGCGAGUUCUGGUGUGAGUUCUCUGGAGACCCUUCCAGCUGUGCACAGUAUGCAGCAAACCAGAAAUCCUACUGGAGACAAGUCUCCCGAUCGCUCAAGAAGCAGAAGCAGAUUUGUCAAGACCCCAAAAGUGUACUAAAAUCUAAAUUAUGCAGGAAAGGCCCACGAAGUGCUCACCUCAGGCUGACUCACUCAAGCCUGCUAACAGCAGAGGGUCCUGCCAGACAGAACACAAUGCAUCCCACCAAAGAAGUUGUUCAGGCUCCAGCAGAUGCCUCUGUGACUGAAAAAAGGCUGGAACAGAGUCCUCAAGACUGUGUGGAAGAUGUAGAUUACAUUGACCAGAAAAAGGUGGCUGAGGAAUACUGUCCAGAAGGUUUGCUUUCCUUCUGCAACUUUUUUAUCACAAUGGUCCAAGACAAGCGAUGCUGAGGAGGUGUUUCUGAAGCUCUGAAUCAUGAAAGUUUGGUCUCUUUUAAGUUGCUGCAAACCAUUCCAGAUUUUAUUCUCAUGUUUUAUAGUGUAUAUAAGCAAGAAGGAAUAUAUUUUUCUGAUUUUGUAUAUACACAACAGACUACCACAUUUGAAGAUGUUAUAGAUGCUAUGUGCCCACAGAUUGCUUCCCAAUGGAUGUGUUGCCAGUGGAUGUUACAUGCUCUGUGCAGAAGUGUAUCAGUCAUCUCCUUGGCCCUCUUUGAGCUGUGCUAGCCAAAGUGAUGAAUUCAGUGCCAUGCACUUCUUGGUAAUGUACCAUGCUUUCGACCUAAAAGUUAUUAAGAAAAAUAAACUUCGAAAUACAUUAAAAGUAUUUCCUCCCUCUCUCUGUGUUUUACUAGAUUUCUCUAUAAGUGAAAUAUAUCUUAGUCAAAGAAUGAUCUUCCACAAUAUCUAUGUGAAGUGUUGUUUAUAAAGUAGUUUUAAAAACACUUCUGCAGCUUUGCAGACUUUAGCUUUUGAUAGCGAGCUACAUUAUUGUUAGAUUUUCAUCAUUGUAGCAAUGAAGGGCAACAAAAUUUUCUGACUUGUCAAUAAGCGUGCAGAUCUUCAGUUUUUAGUCUCACCAAAGGAUGUCAAAACACUUUGACAGCACCAAUUCCCUCUUUUCUCCUACAGUCUGAAGCACAUUGUACAAACUUUCUGGUAGGUAAACAGAGGCACGGGGCUAGAAUGAGUUACACAGAUUUGUACGUGGGCCCAGGA